AACAUGGCCAGGAUUGCGUCGCCCACGGUGCUCAGUUGAAUUCCAUUGCCGUCCAUUAAAACAGCCGACUUGGAAAAUACGAUAUCAAAGUGUGCUCAGUUAUACUAGAAGCUUACAUGCGGAUAUAACAUCAAGGAUGACAUAUUUAUGGAGCAGGGAUAUUGAGAAAAGAUCCCCGCAUGUAUAACGCACGCAUCUUCGACCCUGUCGUGGCUCGCUGCAUUGCCUGGCAAAACGGAACAAUUGGUGGAUAAUUCUCCUCGUGACUAAAGUUGGGUAUAUUUCAUCGCUGAAAUAGAUAGAAACUCGAAUGUGGUUUCUGUCAUGAGUCCGGCCGGGUGCUCCCAUGUGAACGGUUUUAAAGUGGAGAACUGGAAGCAGAAUCUGCGGGUCAUUUACCAGUGCUUUGUGUGGAGUGGCUCUGCUGAAACCAGGAAACGCAAGGCGAAGUCAUGUAUGUGUCACAUGUGUGGAGCUCAUUUAAAUCGGCUUCACUCCUGUCUUCACUGUGUGUUCUUCGGCUGUUUCAGCAAGAAGCACAUCCACGAGCACGCCAAAAACAAGAGACAUAACCUAGCUAUAGACCUUUUGUACGGUGGAAUAUAUUGCUUUGUGUGCCAAGACUACAUAUAUGACAAAGACAUGGAACAGAUUGCCAAAGAAGAACAAAGAAAAGCGUGGAAGUUGCAAGGAAUCGGUGAGAAAUAUUCAAUGUGGGAGCCCACGAAACGUGAACUGGAGUUGUUGCGGCACAACCCCAAACGGAGAAAAAUAACGGCAAACUGCACCAUAGGAUUGAGGGGUUUGAUAAACCUUGGGAACACAUGCUUUAUGAAUUGUAUCGUUCAGGCUCUCACACAUACUCCGCUGCUGAGGGACUUUUUCCUGUCCGACAGACACAAGUGUGAGAUGCAAUCCAACUCUUGUCUAGUUUGUGAAAUGUCUCAGCUUUUUCAGGAGUUCUACUCGGGUCAUCGUUCUCCUCACAUUCCCUUCCGCUUGCUGCAUCUUGUGUGGACCCACGCUAGACACCUCGCUGGCUACGAGCAGCAGGAUGCACACGAGUUCCUCAUUGCUGCUUUGGAUGUGCUGCAUAGACACUGCAAAGGAGAUGACAAUGGGAAAAAAGCCAACAACCCAAACCACUGCAACUGCAUCAUUGACCAAAUCUUCACGGGAGGCCUGCAGUCGGACGUGACCUGCCAAGUGUGCCAUGGAGUGUCCACGACAAUAGACCCAUUCUGGGACAUUAGUUUGGACCUGCCUGGUUCUUCCACCCCCUUCUGGCCCCUCAGUCCGGGCAGUGAUGGUAGCGUUGUGAAUGGAGACAGCCAUCCCACUGGAGCAACCACACUCACAGACUGCUUACGAAGGUUCACCCGACCUGAACAUUUAGGAAGUAGCGCCAAGAUCAAAUGCAGUGGUUGUCAUAGUUACCAAGAGUCCACUAAGCAACUAACAAUGAAGAGACUUCCUAUAGUGGCAUGCUUCCACCUUAAACGGUUUGAGCAUUCUGCAAAACUCAGACGAAAGAUCACCACCUAUGUGUCAUUUCCUCUGGAGCUGGACAUGACACCCUUCAUGGCCUCCAGUAAAGAGAGCCGAAUGAAUGGACAGUACCAGCAGCCAGUAGAUUCAUUAAACAAUGAUAACAAGUAUUCUCUCUUUGCAGUGGUGAAUCAUCAGGGCACGUUGGAGAGCGGCCAUUACACCACAUUUAUCCGUCAGCACAAGGACCAGUGGUUUAAAUGUGAUGAUGCCAUCAUCACUAAGGCCAGCAUUAAAGACGUUCUGGACAGUGAGGGGUACUUGUUAUUUUACCAUAAACAGUUCCUAGAAUAUGAAUAAUUGCCAGAUCCAGAAGUGGUCCGAGUUAAACGCUGUGAAGGGAAGAUCAUAUGAGUGAAGGUGGGGUGGAAAACAGAAACAAAGCAAGCAAGCAGCAUAAAGCACCCAGCCUGACACUUGUUCAUCCCAGGAGAGCUGGCAAAGUAGAAGAGGGUUCAAUCACGCAGCCCUUCUAACUAAAGAAAAUCAAAACGACUAAAUAAGAAUGAAAAAAAUGACACGGCUAAACCAAUCUGCACUGAGCAACCGGAGCAUACUUGACAGAUGGAGAGAGAGAGGAGGAGGCGGCGGCAUUAGAAAUGAAGAGCCCUCCACCUGUUCUCUUUCCUCUCACUACAGAUAGAGGAGACAGACUGACAUCUCAUCACCCUGCUUUUAAAGGAAUAGUAAUGACCCCUCAAAAAAAGUUAUUUACUCAUUCUCAUGUUGUUAUGAACCCACUUGACUUUCUUCUGUGUUAUGCACAAGGUACAUUUACAUUUUAAAAUAAAGUGAAUAGAGACUGUCAAAGCUUUAACAUGACCAAAAAGACAAGAUGAUGAAACAUCAAUAAAAAGUCAUGAAAGUGGUUAAUAUGACUAACUAUAUAUAUAUAUCAAGUCAAGUGUUGUGACAAUAUACUGUAUAAUAUAUAUAUUUUUUUUACAUUUGUUACUCUCAUGAGCCUUCAUAAACACAAGAAAUACAAAGAUUUUUCUUAUUAUAAUUUUUUUUUUAGUUGCAUGGACCACAUUUUUUUUUUGACAGCCCCAGGAUUAUUUGACUAAUUAAAAAAAAUCUUGUUAAACAGUAGUAAGUCGUGGGUUUGGAACAACAUGAGGGGGUGUGAAUAUUGACAGGGUUCAAUUGUUACGUGCGUUCCUUUUCUUUAACUUCACAAUCUCAUUUUUCUUUUUUAGUUCUCAUAAUGAAUAUGAAACAUUUAUGUGACUCACAUCCCCAAAUGUUUCAAGAAGUAUAUGAGGGAAAAUAUCCCUUUAUUUCUUUGUAUGCAUUAUUGAUGUACUGAAUGCAAAAGACAGAAAAGAGGUAUUAUGAACUUUAAUGUAAUCCUGUAUUGUUUAUUAAUUGAGUUUGGAAAUACUGUCAGUGUCCAGCACUUUCUUUUUCAUACAAAAGAGUUUAAAACUCUACCUGCCCUCGUUUGUUUUCAAUGUGUUUUUCUUUUGGUCGAGGGCUGAAAAUGUAUCACACACACAUGCAUAAAUAUAUAUAAAUAUAUUUUUAUAAUAAGUCAUUCAUUUCCUGUUUACAUGUCCUGUAUCCCCAUCACCCCAUUUUCUUCUCUUAUAUGUGCUGUAAGUCUUCGACAUGAACGGAAAGAAGGUAUUUCUGUGCGAAGUAUAGCUUUGUUGCAUCUUGGUCUCUUUUUGUUGAACAUGAAAUGUUUCAGUUGCCGAUAUGUUGCUACAGGUUUGGUUGUGAAGGCUUGUCAUGUUUUCGGAUGCAUUGUGAAUGAAGACUUGUUUUUCUUUCCUUUCAUGUGAUGCCUGUUGCCACCAUGGCUUGAUUCAGCAGUGUUAUUCUCAGCCACAUGUUGCUCCAGUCGUGUGCGUGUUUGUGUGCACGAGUGCGAAGGUGCGCACGUAUGCAUAUUCAUACUACCUGAGCGUGUGUGCGCGCAUGCAGGUAUGUGGGCACCUGUGUGUUGGUGUUGUCAACGUGUGCGUGUGUGUGUGUAUGUGUGUACUGAAUCAGUACUCAAACUUGGCAUGCCGUUCAAACUGGAUGCUAAAAGACUUUGGGGAGGAUUUUAUAAAUGUUAAUUAUGUAUCUAUGUAUAGUAUGUAUGUAUGUAAUGUAUGUAAAACAAAUCAAUGGAAAAAAUAGUGGAAAUGGUGCUG